CCAGCGCCUGCGUACUGCCGUCCUCCCCGCCCCCCUCUCCGGCCUAGUGGAAAAUGGUGCUGUCAGAACUGGCGCUGCGCCUAAACUGCGCCGAAUACAAGAACUGGGUGAAGGCAGGACAGUGCCUGCUGCUGCUGCGUAGCUGCCUGCAGGGUUUCGUUAGCCGCGAGGUGCUCUCCUUCCACCGCAGCCUGCUCGCCGCAACCCCCGCCUUGGGCCCUCGCGCCACCUGCCGCGGCGGUUCACGGUGCACCCCGCGCGCUCGCCAGUUUCAGCCUCAGUGUCAGGUGUGCGCGGAGUGGAAGCGGGAGAUUUUGAGACAUCACGUCAAUAGAAAUGGAGACGUGCAUUGGGGAAACUGCCGGCCAGGCCUCUGGCCCAGCGACGCCUGGGAGGUGGCCAAGGUGAUUAAGUGCCGUAAUGAGAUCAUGCACUCUUCAGAAAUGAAAGUAUCAUCUACAUGGCUUCAGGAUUUUCAGAUGAAGAUCCAAAAUUUUCUGAAUGAAUUCAAGAAUAUCCCAGAGAUUGUGGCAAUAUAUUCUAGAAUAGAACAGCUACUGACCUCUGACUGGACUGUUCACAUCCCCGAGGAGGACCAGCCUGAUGGAUAUGAAAAUGAAAUAGGAAGUUACCUGAGUGUAAGCCAAGUAAAUGAAAUCGAAAUGGAAUUACUGAAGGAAAAGCUUCACGAGAUGUACCUCCAAGCAGAAGGACAAGAGGUGCUGCCCGAAGAGAUUUCAAGUCGACUAGAAGUGGUGAAGGAAUUUCUGAGAAACAAUGAAGAUCUUAGAAAUGGCCUUAAAGAAGAUAUUCAGAAGCUAGACAGCCUCCAUCUACAGCAUCAAAAACCAGAUUCAAAGGAAGCUGGGAGACAGACACCUGAAAGAAAGGCCUGAGCUGAGUUUAGGCAUGUGAUGUUUUUCGUUUUUAUGAGAUAGGGUCUCACUAUAUACAUGCUGGCCUUGAACUUGUGGCAGUGCUCUUGCCUCAGCCUCUCGAGUGCUGGGAUCACAGGCAUGCACCAUCGUGCCCGGCGGCUUGUGAUGUUAGAUCAGGACAGCAUGGCUCGCCUCUUUGAUGUCUGUUCUCUUAUGGGAAACCAUGGUGGACACACAGGAGUCUCACCUGGCUUUCUUACGUCCUUGUCAUUUCCAAAGCCCUCUGAUCUUUAGUGAUUCAGCAUCAGUUCCCUGGCAGGUUUGUUUAGCCAAAUAUACCUGAGGUCACUCAAUUGGUUUUAGGCGAAUCAACUUUCUAUCAUAAUCAAAAAGCAUUUUUGCCCUUGUGCCCCAAAACCAUGCUAAUGAUGCUCUUCCUGUGGCAUUAAUAGCAACUGGCUGGUUUCCUUCAGGAAUACAGUUAGCAUAAGUAACCAUCUUCAAUGUUUACUCUUUUCCCCUCCAGUGCAGAGAAUGAAAGCCUUCCCUUUCAUCCUAAGUUGCACUUCGACACAAACGAAGCGUGUGCACACAGGUCAGCAUGGUUUCCAGCUCAGGCAUCCUUUUCUAUGCAGAGGAGGAAGUUUCCAGAGUACUAUAGCCAAAUAACAGGUUUUUCUUGUCCCAGACUUGCCUCUGAAUCUUCGGGGACAGUUUUGUCAUAAUCAUAAUAAACUUGGGGUUGUGUAACAUAAACCAAUCAGAAAACCCUAGCUCUCCUUGUGCCGUCACUCGCUGUCUCCUGAGGGCUUCCUGGUGUGCCAAGGGUCGGGCCAGGCCUGCACCAGGAACUCACACGGACCUCUGUGCCCCUGGCAGGUGUGGCCUGUCCCUGCUACCUGCUGCCUGAAAGCCUCCCAUGUCAGGACCUCGGUGGAAGUGUUGGGCUAGAAACCCUUCCUUUUUGGAAGAAGUCAAAAGGGAAACAUGCCCAGAAGGCAAGUUUCUAGCCAUUUCAGCUUGAGAUAAACAAAACUGUUCCUAGCUGGCUUGAGCCCCCUGAGGCCAUGGGUGGGGCCAGGUAGUGGGAGGUCACUGGGACCUCAGGGUUGGGCAUGGUGGCUGUGUACGUGACCCUUGGGAAGUCAGGUCCCCAGCAGGCAGGCUCAGACUGUCUUUGUUCAUAUCUCCAGUGUGGAGCACGGGGCCUGGCCCGCAGCUGGUGGUGAAUGUUUGUUUGGCUGAAGAUUUCAUCUAGGUUACUAGGAGUAUGUGUAAGCGUGCAUGUUAGUUAUACUGUUAACUAAGCCUGGUCCUCCAUUAUGAAAUUUAAGAAUGAAACUUCUCAACAUUCUUAUGGAAACUCAUUUUCUUUUAGCAGUUUCACAGAUUCAUUCAUAUUUCCUUUCUUUUACCCAGAAAGUAUUCUGCUUCUGACUUUGUCAGGUUUGUUCCUGAGUGGCAAUAUACACUGUCCCAUGGUGUUCAGUGAUCAGUGGGGUUGGCCUCACUGGCGUCUUCCCCUCCCUCUGCUCAUCGCCAAGACCACUUGUACUAAAGUGGGUCGGGUCAUCUCUGAACUUUUGGUGACAGAAUCACCUGGAUGAAAUGCUGCAGGCAGAGCCUGAGGGAGAUGGGUGUACUUUGCCUGUUUACUGGCCCACAAUGGCAUCGUUGGAGAAUGGGCAGAGGAAAGGGGUGUAUAUUUCUACCCCACUUGUCUCAAAAUGCAUUUCAGCUAAUUCUGUAAUCCAGAGGAGCGCAGCUGUGCCUGCUGUCUCCCACUUCCCAGUUGCUGUUUGGUCUUUAGUCUGGCGCUUGUGUACUGCUGGGGAUCGAGUACGCUAUGCCACUGCUGAGCUAGAACCUGCCACUUGCAUUUUCUUCCUCCUGUUGUUUCAUGAAGUUCCUUGAAAAGACUUCAGUAGUGAAGUAAGAAUUUUCAUACAUCUAGCAAACUCCAAAACUAAGAAACUUGGAUGAAAUAUCUCCUAGCUUUUAGAUCCAGGAUCUAGAAAAUGUGGGAGCAAAUAGGAUCUUGAUUCACUAAGCAACUUAAAACCUGAUUUCUAACUUUAGAAACUUUGGAAUAUGACCCCUUCGAUUUUAUACCUGCAUCAUUCAUUUUUCCUUCUAUCCAGCAAGCACUUCUCAGAUGUCAACCAUGUCGCAGACCCUGAAGUAGAUGAGAAUAUAAGGAUUUGGAAGGUAUGGGUGAUAAUGUAUGGGUUGUCAUUUUACAGGUUUAUUUAUCUGUUCUAUUAAGUCAAAGGUAUUGUUCAGAAAGCUUUAUACUGGUAACAUUUAGUUACAUUGAAACAGAAAAGAAGACAUGGCUAGAGAGGGCAUUAAAGCAAAUGUAGUGUAUACAGAGAGGUCAACCUAUGAGCACUUAUUUGAUGUCAUUGUGCCCAUGGGUGCCGGGGGCAUGUACAACAGCAUAGUUAACCAGCUAUUAAUAGAGAACCAAUGGAAUAAAGUGUAAUGUCAGCUUUCAGGAUGUUAUGCAACUGUUAGAAAGACUGAGGCGAUACUGCUGUACAGCAGUAUGAGGUGAUCUAUAAGAAAAGCAAGGCUAGGGGUGUGGCUUGGUGGUAGAGCACUGCCACCAAAAUUAAAUGCACAGAAAACCAAAAUGUUUAACUGUGCAUAGCAUGUUGUAAUGCUAUAUGUAUUUUAUAAUAACUAAGGUUUGAAAAUCUUUUGGGGCUUGGGGUAGUUAUAAGGAAUUUGACUUCUUAUUUUGUGUACACUCAUAUGACAUUUUUACAAAUGUGCACUCGUUUUUGUAAAUGGGAAAGGGAGGAGAGAUUAAAAGGAGGGUAGGGGAAUGGGGAAAAGUCAUGUACAAGUACAAAUUCUCUGACAAAUAUGAUCAUUGUGUAUAUCUAAAAUGCACCAAUAAAAUCUGUUGGAAAACAA